GCCGUAGUAUUGUUGUUGUUGGUGGUGCUAACAUUAGCAAAGCAAACCUUCUGAGGUGGCGAUAGCUAACGUUGUUUAAAGAUGUAAACCUAAUUCAUUGGCAACUACUGGCCACACAAGAUGCUUAUUUAGUGUAGCAAGGUUAACGCUAAUCUAAAAGGAAAUGUAUUUUGAGGAAUUAUUCAAUGCUGUUCGUGCCUUGUUGGUGUUUUAUCUGUCCGUCCAUGUAACAUUAGCUAGCUUAUUUUUAGACGUAGCCUCCUCCUAACAUUAACAGUUAGAAACAACGUUAGCAUCUGUAGCCAAAUCCCCGUUCAGCUUCCUUGCACUAAGGGUGUUUAUCUGUGGACUAGAGGAAAUGUCAGACCUCCCUCUAACAUUAGACUGUUCCCAGCAAGUCCAGGACGUGGAGGCAAGAAUGAGAGACGAGGGCUUGAGCCUUUAAAUCGGAGACAAAGGGAGAAUGAUUUCACGAUACAACAGAAGACCUGUAUCACACAAACUCGAGAUUCGUGGGUUGUCCCGAAGCAGCCUCGACCACCACCCUCUCCCAGAGGGAGCAGGCGAUAACCAAACACCUCAGCGCUACCUCCAUGACCUCCAGGAAGCUGUGUCCGCUCACAACAGCUCAGGGACGUCUGCUGCCUCAGGCCACUCUGACUGUCCCACCGUCAUCUCAGUAGACUCCAACCAGUCCUGGUCAGGUAUCCACAGCUCCACGGGUACUGGCAUUUCUACAGAGAGGAGCUCUGUUUUCUCCUGGGGCUAUGAUGAGUUCGACAAGGCAGCGUCCCGGCAGGUACAGCAAAUGUUUGAGGAGAUCGACAAGGAGCUGUACGAGGGGAGAGGCAGUGGAGGAGGGAUACUCCAGGGGCUCCAGGAUGAAUGUCAGCAGUGGGCCACACGUUUCCCACAUCUUCGGAUCCUGGGGAUGCAGCUGGUGUGUCCCAGUGACGAGGGCUUCCAGUGGUAUGCUACUUCAGGGAGAGGCAGCUCUGCCAGCAGCCAAUCAGCAGGCAAAGAGAGCAGCAUGAAGUCCCAGGAGAAAGAUAGGGGCGACACAGAGUUGAACGUGCAGGGCAGGAGAGCGGCGCUGAUCAAGUCCUCCUCAGCAGAGUUGGAUGGGCCUCCUGGCUCCUCCGGUAGCUCCAGCAGUCAUGACAUGCCGAGAGUGAUUGAAGUGGAGGGUCUGAUGGAGGAGUACCUGGCUUUUGAUAGCAGGGACUUGGAAGACGAGUGGGAGCAGGAUUGUCCGAACUCGGGUCGGAAGCAUCACUGUCUGCCCCCUGUCUCGCCACAUCAGUGUCGCCGUCAAGCUGUUCUCGACCUGCUGUUUGAUGAUGUGUGGUGGCAGCUGGUUGGAUGGAUGAAAGAGCUAGUUCAACGCCACUGGGAAUGCUGCACCUCAAAUGAUGAAAAGAUUUCAGGGAACUUGAGCCCUGAGCAGCAAGACUCCCAGAAUCCCUUCAUGCUGCUCUCCAUGCUGCCCACGAUGCUGCCCAAACUUGGCCAGAGCAGGGUGCCCCCGCUCACAGCUGGCCUGCAGUUCCAGAACACAAAGUCAAGGGGCUCAAAGCACAAGUCCAGACGGAAAUCCAAAAAGCAGAAAAGGCCUUCCACUGCUGGAAGGGUCCCGGUAGGAGCAGCAGCGACCCAGCACAACCUGAACGACCUCAUCGUGAUCCACAGCAUCCCCCUGCAGCAGAGGAACCUGGGUGUGCUGGAUAGAAAUCACGAGCAAGAAGAGCGCGCGUGUCACAGGCCGGGAUCCAGCGCGGCCCCCUCCAGCAAACCACGGCCUCGCCGAACCCUGGAGCAGAGCUCCUCCUCGCUGUCCCGCCCUGCACAGUCUGCCCGACGCCGAAACCCUCCUCCCCGAACUCUCCUGCCACUGGUUCCCAGCCUGAGUCAGUCCAGCGCAGUGGGAUCCAUGGACGAGGUCAUCCGUGGGACACGACUACCCACAGCCAGCGACCGCCUAACAUCUCCGCUGUUGCCUCUGAGCAGGAACACACUCCUUCCCCCCAUCAGCACCGGAGACCCAGAUGCAUCUCACUCAGGGCAGCAGUCCAAACCUGCACAGCGUCACAAAGGCCCGUCCAGCCGCGCCCACAGUGCUAUAAACGACGAAGCUGGCGGUUCAAUACCAAGGGAUCGUCACCACCUGCUGGACAUCUUCUCUCGCCCCAACACCACUCACACAUACAGGUCGGACACACCGUACCGUCGUUCCUUCACAGUAUUGGACAACAUCGGGCAGGGGCGGCCAGGCAGAGCCUCUGUGGGCACAGACUCUCUUGGAAUCGGUGUGACCGGCAUCAGUAUUGGCAUCAGCAGCACAUCUUUCUUGGACUCGUUUUCCCACCACCCCUUAGGGCACUCGCCCAUCAAAGACGAAGAAGAACCGGACCCACAAGCCCCUGUCCCAGCUCCACUGGUACCUGUGUCUGUCCCACCUCGGUCUUACACCCGGGGAGGCAUCUCAUCCAGAGCCAGCAGACCUGGCUUGUAGUUUGCCUCUGAUCUCCAGACCCCUCAGCCAUUCACCUUUAUACAACAAAGUGCAACACUGCAGCAUCUGUGCCCACAAAAGUUUUUUUUUUUUUUUUUUUUAAAGAAGUAGCAGAUUUUUUCAUAUUAUUAUGCUCCUUUGGUGAAGUUUUUGUUAUAGGCCUAUUUUUGUAUUUCAGAAAUCAGCUUAUGUGGCUGCCAAACAGUAACACCAUCUUCAUGUGUAGUGUAUGAGCUUUAUGCGUGGACAUUUCUACUAUGUAUGUAUGUAUGAUCUGAUGUUUUUUUAAUAUAUAUAUAUAUACUUUAUUUAUGUGAAUGUACUGUAUAUUAUCCUCUGUGGUGUGUUGUACUGGUAAAUGACUAUGCAGGGAAUAACACAUCCACCCUGACAGGGAUAGAGGAUACAAAGCACUUUUCCCCCUCUUUGAUGCUACAUCAGAGAGUUUGGUACUGUAUCUUUUAUAAGGACACCGCCCUGUGUAGAAAUAAUAAAUUGACCCAGAGCCUCUCAUUGCCCCCAGAAACAAGAACAGGAGUGCCACCUUGCAGGGUUUUGGUUGCUUUUCUCUCAACUACAGCUCAGUUAAAAUUGUAGUGAUCAGAAGAGGAAAUGCAGUGGCUAUAUAAGCACUGACAGAACAUCGAUGCAGCCCAUGUGCUUUUAUUACUACACCUCAAGAUAAUGUAUGAAUACAAGAGGCACUGAUAGGAACCUAUGUAAAUAACUAUAGAUACAUUGUGUCUGUACACAAUGCUGUAUUUGUGGUAAUUAAUUUUUCCAUAUUACCUGAGCAAAGCCAUUUAGGGCAUGCUUUGACAUUUAACGUCAGGAUUACUGCACAAGGGCAGCUUUCCCUUCUUUCAUUAUUAAAAUAAUAUAUAUCAGACAGCAAUGCUACAAAGAUGACAAAGCUUGAAAAUCAAAGGCUUUGCUUCCAUGCAUUUUCUGUGAUUCUAUUUUAUACAAAAUAAUAAAAAGCAAUGUAAAAAUGUA